UUUGAAAACAGCAAUUGCUUGUUGUUUUCUUUAUAAGUCACUCUGUAAGGAUGUUUAUGUCAUUCUCAAAGCACAGUUGUUAAGAAAAUAUCCAUUGAUAAUCAAUGGAUAUUCUGCAUACCGAAAAAUUGUGUAGUGAUGGAGAAAAUAAUGUCAUUCAAGAUGAUGAUGAUGAUGUUGAGGAAUUUGAGGAAACAGAUCUUGCAAUGUCCACUGAUAUUGUUAAGAUAUUGACACAUAUGAUGGACAAUAAUAUUGAUCAGCGUAUUAGAAAAACGACAGUUAUUGGUUUAUGUAAGAUAAUUCUUCAUGAUGAACAUUGCACUCCCAACACGGUAUCAAAGUUGCUGCUUGCAUACUUCAAUCCAGCAACAGACGCAGAAAUAAAACAAUCUCUUGGAAACUUCUUCGAAUCGAUAAUUAAAACGAGGAAACAAGAAAUUCUUUGUGACUCGUUAAUUCCAACUUUAGUUACGUUACCUGAAACGCCACAAGACUGUUCAUUUUGUGAAAUUGAAGCAGAUGUUGUGUUGAAAUAUGUGAUAAGUGCUUCACGUCCAACUAUUCGUAGUAACCGAUUAAAUCUUCACGACAAAGUUGGAUUACAACUCAUUAGAUUGAUGAAAGACAAUUCCGAAAAUAAAGAUAUUCUCAAACUUAUUUCAAAAGAACUUCAAACGAUUGAAAUCAGCGAAGAAUCGUUGAAAAGCGAAAUAGCGGCACAACUUGAAACGCUUUGUCUCCAAAAUCAAUUGAUACAAAAAUAA